AUCUUCAUCACUAAAUUGAACAAUUCAUUGCAAUUUUGUAGUGUCAAGUAAUUCCUGAAAGUUGCCAGUUGUCACAUGUGUUAUUGUACAUUGAAAUUUGAACCAUUUAAUCUGAACUCAACUUUAUCAUCAACAAGACAAAGAUACGUGUGUCCUAGACAUAGAUUUGUUCUUGUUCCUUUUUCUCCUAAGCAAUUUUUUGUCUUUUUUUUCUUUUCUCCUCAAUCAAAUCAAACUUCUUCAAUAAAGUCAGUAACCAUUUAACUUUGCUUCUUUCACCAUCCAUUACAAACCCCAUCUCAACAAGUUUAGAUUUUGAUUAGUGUUAUCCACUAGAAUUUCCAUAACAGUGAUGAAUUUGAGUAAAAGAUUUGUUUUUGAUACCAAGAGAAAAAUGGGUCUGAAAAAUUUCAUGAUUUUUGUAGUGGUGUCAUGGUUUAGUUCAAUUCCUACUACAUGUGUUUUGGCAGCAAAACAGAAGCAGACUCAAAAUCAGAAUCAGAAGCUGAGGUUUGAUGAAAAUGGAGAAUUUAAGAUAUUGCAAGUGGCAGAUAUGCACUAUGCAAAUGGAAAAAACACACUUUGUUUGGAUGUUCUUCCUUCACAAAAUGCUUCUUGUACUGAUCUUAACACUACUGCUUUCAUUCAUAGGAUGAUCCUUGCUGAGAAGCCUAAUCUAAUUGUCUUCACUGGAGAUAAUAUCUUUGGUGCUGAUUCCUCGGAUUCGGCCAAAUCAAUGGAUGCUGCAUUUGCUCCUGCAAUUGCAUCAAACAUUCCUUGGGUAGCUGUUUUAGGGAACCAUGAUCAAGAAGGAUCACUCUCUAGGGAAGGUGUGAUGAAAUAUAUUGUUGGAAUGAAAAACACUUUAGCUAAACUCAAUCCUCAGGAAGUUCACAUCAUUGACGGUUUUGGGAACUAUAACUUGGAGGUUGGUGGUGUUCAAGGUACUGCUUUUGAAAACAAAUCAGUUCUCAAUUUAUACUUUCUUGAUAGUGGAGAUUAUUCCAAAGUUCCUGCGAUUAGUGGCUAUGAUUGGAUUAAGCCUUCACAACAACUUUGGUUCGAGCGAACGUCUGCGAAGCUUCGGAAAGCAUACAUAAAAGGACCAGUGCCUCAGAAAGAAUCCGCUCCUGGUCUUGCAUAUUUUCACAUCCCACUACCGGAAUAUGCAAGUUUUGAUUCGUCAAACUUCACAGGUGUGAAAUUGGAACCGGGUGGCAAUGGCAUUAGUUCAGCUUCGGUGAAUUCUGGUUUCUUCACGACUUUGGUUGAAGCAGGAGAUGUGAAGGCCGUUUUCGUUGGCCAUGAUCACCUCAAUGAUUUCUGUGGCAAUCUACUGGAUAUACAACUUUGUUAUGCUGGAGGGUUUGGCUACCAUGCUUAUGGAAAGGCUGGAUGGUCUAGGAGAGCAAGAGUCGUGGUUGCUAGCUUGGAGAAGACGGACAAGGGAAGUUGGGGAGAUGUCAAGUCGAUUAAAUCAUGGAAACGCCUCGAUGAUCAGCAUCUCACUGGAAUUGAUGGCGAGGUCCUAUGGAGCAAGGGCUUUCACGAUUCUAAAAUGCUUGAUUCGAAGGCUCGGAUGGUGCUAAAACGGGAAGAGAAGAACAGAAUCACUAAUUUGCACUUAAGUUCAUAAUCAGUAAUGUGAACUGCAAGGAAAGGUUCUGCUAAGGAACCAGUGGAAAUUGAGAAUUUGAGUGAUGCAGGAAAAUGUUGGGGUAUCCACAUGAUUACUUAUUUUGGAAUUUUUAGUGAGUUUGUAUACAAAGUUUUAUUUGUCAAAAUUGGAAAUUCUGAUAUAGGUAGCAUGUAAUUCGAUACCGCAAUAUAAGGUAGCUUGCUGCAUAUUACAAAAGAAUAAAUGAAUUUCAUUAA